AAAAAACUCCCGAUGAAAGUUGAAUGAAGAGUACAAAUUUUUUAUCUCGCGAGAUUUGUGAGCGGCCAUCUUGCUCCUGCCCUGACAGAUUCUCCUAUCAGGGGUCACAGGAACGCAAAGAUCGCUGUCUGGAUCUUCGCUGACCAUGCUGUCCCGGGUAGUACUUUCUGCUGCCGCCACAGCGGCCCCCUCUCUGAAGAAUGCAGCCUUCCUAGGUCCAGGGGUAUUACAAGCAACAAGGACCUUUCACACAGAGCAGCCACACCUUGCACCUGUACCACCUCUUCCUGAAUAUGGAGGAAAAGUUCGUCAUGGACUGAUCCCUGAGGAAUUCUUUCAGUAUCUUUAUCCUAAAACUGGUGUAACAGGACCCUAUGUGCUUGGAGCUGGGCUUAUCUUGUAUGCUUUAUCCAAAGAAAUAUAUGUGAUUACUGGAGAGACCAUCACUGGCCUAGCAACAAUAGGGAUAUAUAUCUAUGCAGUUAAAAAAUAUGGUCCUUCUGUUGCAGCAUUUGCUGAUAAACUCAAUGAGCAAAAACUUACCCAACUGGAAGAGGCAAAGCAGUCUCACAUCAACCACUUCCAGGAUGCAAUUGAUACGGAGAAGGCACAGCAGGCACUGGUUCAGAAGCGCCAUUACCUUUUUGAUGUGCAGAGGAAUAACAUUGCUCUGGCUAUGGAGGUUACUUACCGGGAACGACUGCAUACGGUAUAUAAGGAAGUAAAGAAUCGCCUGGACUAUCACAUAUCUGUGCAGAACAUGAUGCGUCGAAAGGAACAAGAGCACAUGAUAAAUUGGGUGGAGAAGCACGUGGUGCAGAGCAUCUCUGCACAACAGGAGAAGGAGACGAUCGCCAAGUGCAUUGCUGACCUAAAGCUGCUGGCAAAGAAGGCUCAAGCACAGCCAGUUAUGUAAAUGUAUCUAUUCCAACUGAGACAGCUAGAAAGUUGACUGACUAAAUGGAAACGAGUCUAUUUGACAAAAUCUUUCUGUAUUGAUGUCUACUGAAGUUAUGGUUUACCUCUCCUAAAAAUGAAAAGUUUGUGUUAAAUAGUGACAGAACGAAAUCUCUAUCGGCCAGUCAACUAUUUCUCAUCCUUCUUACUCUGCAUUUGAGUUAUUCUAUGAUCACUUCUAUAUAAGCAGUUUGCCUUUAUAAAAACUUGCUGCCUGACUAAAGAUUACCACGUUGUAGCGUAAAUUUGUAAUUAAUUCUACCGUCUUGCAAUAAAGUGACAAUUUAAUGACAUGAAGUUUUUCAAGUUGUAUAAGUCUCUGAAAUACUCAGCUUUUGUCAUAUAGGUAAAAAUUAAAGAUGUCAUUGAACUA